AUGUCUCUAUCCACGCUCAUCAUGAUUCUGACAGCUCCCGUCAUCGCAAUUGAUACAUCCUAUUAUCCACCCCGUGAUAGUGGAUUAGAAGCUCUAGAAGCCUCUGAGCUGUACACUCUUCGAUCGCCCGUUGAUUCAACCGUUUGGCUGGAGUAUGAGCGUUUUCUGCUCUCACAAAGUCGCGUGACACCACUGUUGCUUUACUUUACACCCGCGUUAACAUGCUCCGAUGACAAGAACGAGGACGAUAGUGUCGUAGGUCAAGAAGAAGAAGUUCUAGCAUUCGAGAAUGAAACAUGCUGGCGUCAUCAGAAGCUGGUGGAGGCUACUGUGAAGCUCGCAGCCAAGAUGCUUUCCAACCCGAAGCCAUUGGUCGUUCGUAUUGACGUAAGCAUGUGGCCUAAAAUGCUUCAUUAUCACCUGAUGUCGACGACGCCUUCGCUGUUGUGGAUACCCGGACGUGCGACUGGUCGCUUUCAGCGCUAUCCACAUGUGGAAACAAAUUUCUUGGACCUUCGCGUCAACGGAGCUUUGUAUGACCGAUAUUUUGCUGAGAACGUUACAAUGGGCGAAAAGUCUAAUGUCGAACGACAAUGUCACUUGGCCAAGGAAACUGCGGCCAAAAAUAUAACAGCAUUUGUGCGUCUGUGUCAGGAAAGGAGUGGUUAUCUCACUCGAAAUGCGAACGGUCAAUUGAUUCCAAGGGUUUUGGUGGAUUCUAAUGAUGACGCGUUUUCGGUGCUAGAAUUGAUUCCAAUUCUGGCGUUUUUGACCUUUAUCGCCCUCGUGAUCAACGACAACCGUGCAUUCGUGCUUAAUUUGGUUCAAACGCGUUUAUUCUGGUUCAUUUUGUGUUUGAUAGUUACCUAUGUUGCGCUGAGUGGAUUCUUUCACGCAAUUAUUUACCGCCAAGCUUGGUUUUACUUUAGCGAAAUGCAUGGUUUCGUAUUUUUGUAUCCAAACUCACGGCGUCAAUUUGUACUGGAAGGACUUGUUAAUGGCACUUGGAGUCUUUGGAUGUCAUUGGGUUUGAUGAGUAUUUCAGAUGUGCUGCCGACGUUAAGAUCCUAUUACGCACAGAAAGAACUUCUUCGUUGGUCGCUAUUUCUUGUUGCCAUCUCGUACCUGGCGCUUCAUUUUACAUUUCUCAUGAAGUACCCUUGGUUGUCUUAG